AUCCAGUGACAAUCGAAGCAGGGGAGGGGGUUGUGUCGGGAUGGAGGGAGCCAGACUCAUCACGCUGGUGGCUUGUUCGUUGAUGCUCCCUGCUGAGACGAGACCAUUCAGCGUGCUGGUGAGGAAGGGAGAGGUGAAUGCGACGGUGGGCGACGCUGUCACUCUGUCAGUGAAACCUUCCUCCCCCAUCUCGAGCGGCUUCUGGAGGUUUGGCGCCCAGUCAAUCGUCAUUUGGACGGUGGAGCACCCCUUCCUCAACGUCGCCUACACCAAACGCAACGUGCUCCUGCUGGACAACACCUCCCUCCUGAUGGGCUCCGUGUCCCUCGCGGACAGUGGAGAGUACUGGGUGACCAUGGAUUCGCCCAGGGGUGAAGAAGCUACAGCCAAGGUCACCCUCAACGUCUUCCCAAAGCCUGCACCUUUUACCAUCGCCAUCAAGCAAAAGGAGAUUAAGACGACAGCCGGGAACACCGUUAUCCUGUCAGCGAGCCCUUCACAAGAGGUGAAGAAUGGGAGCUGGAGAUUCGGCGGGAAGGAUGUUGUGUGGUGGAGAGACACACUUUCAGAGGUGAACGCUGAUUACAGCGGACGGGCUGCAGUGCUGGCCGAGACCUCGCUGCAGCUGAAGUCAGUGGCUGCCUCAGACACCGGCGAGUACAGCGUCACCAUGAGUACAGCCUCUGGCGUCACAAGGUCAGAAAAGAUCUACCUGAACGUGCUCACCAUGCCCCAGCACGUCUCCGUCUCCCCAGUGCUCAGCCAGAUUAAAGCAGAAGUGGGAGCCACUGUUCUCCUAGCAGUGACUAUAUCCGGUGAAGUGAAGAAUGGCAGCUGGAGCACUAAGGGCAAGUUGCUUUUUCAAUGGAACAGCUUGAUACGAAACAUAACCGAGCAUCGUGAAUAUUCAAUAGACCUCUUGCCGAAUGCUUCGCUCCUCCUGCUUUACGUGCACGAGUUUGGCUUCAAGGAGUUUACCAUCACCCUGGAGUCUCCUUCUGGUAACAGAACAGCAGCAAGCAUCACCCUGGAAGUGUUCAAACCCUCCCACUCGUGUGCAGUUUACAGUGUUGGUUUGGCCAUUUCAACUCUUCUGACUUUGAUUUGCAUUCUUGUCAUUGCUAAUCACCUCCGCAGGAAGCGUCAGAGAGACUGGUACGAAACCCAUGAUCUCCUGACUGUAUUCUGUAAAGGAUACCGGGUGUGCGUAACGCUCACCAUGAUGGCAGCUCUCAAUUUUACCAUUAUCUUUGCCAUCCUCAUAAACAAGCAUUGGUGCAUCCAAGGACAUCAGCCCGCUCUUGAUUUUUUCGCAAACUAAGCCUGUCCAUAGGCUUCAACAUGUGGCAGUUGACAGAACAAAAGAAGCACUUUGCAGUUUUGGAAACCUCACACUUCGUUAUCUCUGAGGAGGUACUAAUGAUCACUUGGGGAAUGCACAGCCCAACUUCAAAGGGAGAUACAUCAAAGGCCUUUUGUAUUUGAUAAACUAGGCUUGCCAGCAGAGACAGAACAUCUACUAAAACAAUGACCUAUCAAAUAUCCUUUUCAGCCCAUAACCCAUUUAACAUAAUGGAAGUCCUGAAGACCAAGCCAAAUUCCAGAUCUUUUGUCAAAGAUGGCGGAGAGGUGGGACUCAUGUGACAUGGGCCUCUGGAUUGUGCAACAAGUAAUAUUACCUUGAUGAACUGAAAAGCUCAGUCUGCUGUUUACCAUCUAACUCACAGUCUCACAGGCAAGGAGCUCUGCCCAGGUGGAACACCUAACCCCAUCUGCACUGCUUCUGCUUCACUUACAAGGCUGAUUCAUCUCUGGGUGCAUAUCCCAUCACGUGAAGUCAACACCACUGGAAAAGUGAAUUAUACAGCAUUGAUUUUCAACCCACUAACCUCAUCGGACUUUGAUUCUGAACUCUGGAAUUCAUGUGAAACAAUAUUUUUCUCUGUGGUCUCGGAACUGCAAACCUUUCUUUUCUCUAUCCCUCGCUUGACCAUCUGUA